AAUAAUCGAAGAAGAGAGCUGGAGUAAGAGACAAGAUGGCGGACUCUGAAAACAACAACGAUGCUUCCACCGCAGAACCUUCUAAACUAUGUGAUCUCUUAGAGCGGGGCUGGAAGAUAUUUGAUGAGGUAGAUAGUACAAAUGAACCGCUUGCCUCUUCUAGUAUCCAGGUUCGAGUUAAACGCGGUAUCGGUAUGUUGGAAGAGGCGUCUACAAUGGUGGCUCAGCUCGACCUGUUCAGCUGCAAUGAGGAGCUGGAGGAGGUGGCCACGGCCGACCUGAGGUACCUGCUGCUUCCAGCGCUGUGCGGGGCGCUCAGCCUGAAGCAGAGCGGCCGGGACCGACGGCUGGAGAUAGUCCAAACAGCACGCAACUACUUCAUGGAUUUCUUGAAGAGAUGCCAUGAGUAUAAUCUGUCACGGUUUGAACUUCCGACUGCGAAUGAAAACUCGAGUCCUUGCGAAGCAUCAGAAAACGAAUCCCCUGCGGCUCCGUCUGUCCCUUGCCAGCCAGACCUUGUUUCCAUGGCAGUACGGAGACAAGCUAAGAUCGAGCGCUACCGUCAGAGGAAGGAUCUGGAAGCCAGACUGACGGAUGUACGCAGAGCUGUGGACAGCGGACAGGCCGACGAUGAAGUCACCAGAGAUUUUUACCUUCUUAACGUUCAGAGAUGGGUCACUGUGUGUCUGGAGGAAAUAGAGAGCAUUGACCAGGAGGUGGAGAUACUCCAGAAGAUGGAUGGUCUGAAGCAGGGUGCUGCCAAGCAGCCAGCUCAGCCCGCCAGGCCCCCCAUGAAGCCUUUCAUACUCACCAAGGACAUGGUGCAGGCUAAGGUGUUCGGGGCAGGUUACCCCAGCCUCGCCACCAUGUCAGUGGAUGAGUGGUAUGAUCAGCACAAGAAACGAGGGGGUCUCCCCGACCAGGGAAUACCCAGGAGGGUUGAUACGGAGGAGGACACUGAUGCGAAGGAGAGAGAAGAAGAAGAUAAAGAGAAAAAGGCUGAAAAUGAUGAUGAGGAGUCACGGCUGAAAACCAGAAACUGGGAUGAUUACAAAGAAAGUCACCGCAGAGGUUAUGGAAACCGCCACAACAUGGGCUGACCAAUCGGGUUCCUCUUUUCUGCUCUAUUCGGUCCAGGUAGUGAACAUCCUUCACAGUUCGGAUCCUUAAGACUGAUUGAAUGAGAAGGUGAUCACAGCAUUGUAAAUUAUUUUCUAAAUGCUACAGCUGAUUAACUGAUGUUUAUCAUCUACAUGUUGCCAGUCUUUUACAAGGCUGGAUUAAAAGCCCCUCUGUGGUAUGAUGUGUUACAGUGAGUCUUAAUUAUAAUCUACAUUUUGGCUGGACUGAAUCAAACCCAACUAUGAUGCCAAUGUUUCUGCUUGUGGUGUGUAUAUCCUAACACUUUCUUUGUAAAAUAAAGACACUGAAGAAACUAUGUAGGUCUAAAAUCAGUGUAGAGGAUCUGUUGGAAAUUAAAACACAGCUACCAAAACCUAGGUCUAUUUUAGUAACAAAUUAUGACUAAUCUGAUUUUAACUUAUUUUUCUCAAUUUGCUUGAAAUGUGUGCAUUAAAUAAUUUCAUUCCAUCCAUAGUUGAGUAUUCACAUCAGGUUUAAGAUCUCAGAAACAUACAUUUUUAUUUAAGUAAGGAACAACAGUUGUUGUAAAGAUAAUCCAUGUGUUUUUGAAGUUUGACCUCACAGCUGCACCACCCAUAUGCAGACAUGGCAUAGCUCAUAUACUGGAGCACAUAUGGUCUAUGACAACAUACUCUUCAACAUCAGAGAAGGAGGUGUGCUGAUUGGAAGAACAGAUCACCGGCCACCCUGUCACACGCCAGGCCAAAACCAUGGAGGGCGGGAGGAGAGAUCUGCUAACCCAGCUGGGACCUCAGGCCAUUCCACUUUCCAGCAUGCUCCUGGCUGAUGAGAGUAAAACCCAGGCUAACCCUGAACAGGACCAUGUGGCCAGAGGCUCCCCGGUUGGCUCCUGCUCUGUGGGGUGGAGCGCUGCAGGACUCUUUCGUAUCAUUAUAGAUGCUUGGGGCUCACAUGCCCAGCCGUAUCAUCCGCCGAGAGUUUGGAUUUUUUUUGUUUACAUUCUUCCUGAUGCACAUUCAAAAUUGCCAACCUGACAUAACAGUGUAGCUGUGUGUCCUUUUUUUUUUACUGUCAGUAAUUUGUGUAUUAUUAUACGUUUCUGAACAAAUGCAAGUGUUUGGGUCAUUUUAGAACCGGUAGGCUAAGGGGGAAUUCUUUUGAGCUGACUUUACUUUUUUUGAUAGCUAAUGCAGCUAUUUUCAGAUCAUUGUUAAGAAAUGAUAAUUAAAAAAAAGUGGUGGGGACAUCUCCCUAGCACUCCCAAUGUGAAUGACA